AAAUGGGGGCAGAGGUACCAGUCAGAUGUGUAGGUGAGGUCAGUGAGUGGCACGUGCCAGCCUGCUGUGACUUGAGGCCCUGAGCCAUGGCAUUAAUAGGCUCAUCAAGUCUGAGGUUGGAGACAAAGGCCAUGCCAAUGUGUGUGAUGGGUGGGUAGAGUGGCAUCAGCUGGCACCACCAAUGAGGCCAAAAAGAGAAAACUGGGCCUUGAACUGGUGUAGCUGGGCAAAAUAGGGGGAUGCCAUCUAACAUGGGAGUGCAGGGCCCACAUGCUGCCAGUCAGCCAGUAAAGGCACUAUAUAACAUUCAGAUGGAUGGAGGGGGAGGUGUGAAGGGUGCAAUGUUACAUGUUUACAGGGUCCUUACUGCCACCUGUGCUGAUGCAUAUGCCACCUGGUGCCAUCAUUGAUGAUGAUAUGUAGGGUGCUGCCUAAUGGACAGGUACAGUACAUAGCCUGGAAGGGCGCUCUAUAAAGUGGGUUUGGGGUCCUCCCUGUCUGUGCCCUGCAGUGAAAUUCUUACCUGGCACAUAGUAAUCAACAUGCCGCUGGCUGUGGGAGGCGCUAUAUGACAGGUGUCUGUGCCACAUUAAUGACAGACGUGUGAUGUGUAAGGCACUAUAUAAUAGGGUCCGGUGGGCAGUUCACAGGGCACUACAUAAUGGAUGAGAGGUGGCUUUGAAAGUCGAACCCUUCCCGUCACGUGUGCAGGUCCAUUGCAGUUCCUAACCUGCAAGUGCUAAUGGGUGCCUCGGUGCCACAAUAAGUGCCCUGGUCUGCCCGACCGCGAAACUUGUGUCUUCUUGACCAGUAGCCCUCACUGCCCACUCGUCUUUUUAUAUCAUACGAUGGUUAGCUGGUAGUGACUUGCCAAAUUAUUAGAAAAGUAUGGUGCCCACAUCAGGGGCAUCAUCUGCAUGGCAUUCAUAUGGGACAUCACAGUAAAACGGGGAAAAGAAAAAAGGUGCUGUGGGAGACUGGGGGCUCUGCAGGAAGACGAGUGGCUAAAACUGGCAGCACUGGUCCAUAAACUGCACGAGGGCAAUGCCAGUUCAUCACUCAAAGCAGUCAGCAAUUAUGUCAUGGCACACCAUGUCAAUGGUAACACUCUGAACAUAUGGCACAUGUGCCAGCUUGAAGGGUAGCAGCAGGCCAUUAGAAGGUGCCAGGCAGGCAGACCAGGAAGCAUGAAGGGUCUGCCAGUGAUCAAGAGUAACAAAUGGCCGUUUACAGAAUGAGGGGCAAGGUUGGGCAUUUUAUGUUCCAUUAGGGUGGCACAGACAGAACCCAAUGAAGAAUGUGUGAAGAAUGAUAAAAAUAUGCAGCCUCUUUAAAGGGGGGUCAGGCUAGGGGGCAAGAAGAUGGCAUCACGGGAGGACCAUGGAUGGCCAGAAGACAGCAGUGGUCCGGCCAGUGGGUGUGCUGCCAGGAGUGCCCGAUGCUGGCACUGACAUCUUUGGGGUGUCUGCUUCAUGGCCGUCUUGAUGGCCUCUGGCCAGUUGGUCAGAUGAUGGAUGAAGCCCACCACAUCAGAUGGCUUUGCAGAGCUUCUGGUAACAAAGACGUCAGUGGAGCGGCUUCUCUCGGCAAUGUCUUCCGUGGUGGUGCCAAUCGCACAACUGGCCAAAGGAUGAAAGGUCAGCUACGAGCACAGUGGGCCUUCACCUGGCUCUGGGCACCCAUGAGGUUCAGUGGCCCUUGCCAGGUAUGUGGGCAGCAGAUCGAGUCACUUAGACACCUGAAGGACACUGGCAGCCUGCAGGGCACUCAGGAGUGGACCAGUGGUCUCCAUCUCUGCUUCCGUUAAAGCCUGUGUGGAGCUUUGGAUUCAAGUCACAAAUCAAGAUGGCACUCCAGAGCAGGGCACACAGGCACCACAGGCACAUGUCCUCUGGGGGACAUUCAGUGUCCACAUGGCACUCUGAGUGUUAAGAUGCCCACCAAGCUUUAGGCACUAGGGGGCCAUGUAGAGCAGGUAUUUCAUUGACUGGUAGACCCUCCAUCUCUGUGGUGCCAGCGGGCAGCUUGACACAGGAAGUGACCUUGGGUUCCGCUCUCAGGCUGUGCCACCUCACCGAGUGCCCAGAAGGCUUCCUAGUAACAGAAUUCCUGGUCUGUUGUGGCACAAUCUGGGCACAAGAAUCAAGUGCCAAGUUGACAUGACCCGGUAGGAGGGUCACAUGGUGUGUCAGAAGGGGCGCUAUAUAAGAGGAGGCACUGGAUAGUUUUUUAUAGUGUCCCCUCAAGGUCGUUUGGGCCACACUCAACCUGGGGGAGCCCACCAUGAGGACUGAGCAGCACAAAGUGGCAUUGCCCCUUCAGUCAGCACAGGUUACUCCCCAGAAGGGUGCCAUCAGGUGGGCGGCAGUCCACCAUCGGUCACUUAUGCACAGAACUAGGCGGGGCCUUGAACAUGCGGCACCAAGUCACAGAAGUGCGAAUAGCAAAACAUGAAAGGUGUGCCUUCAAAGGUAUUUUAUUAAUAAUAUUAAUAUUAAUAAUCCGUCUGUGCGGGGGAGGAGAGCUAAGGCGUUUACGUGACGUCACAGAAAGCAGCCCAACAAGGCCUCUUGAUGACGUCAGAAGGUCCCCUCCCUCCCUCCCUCCCUACAGUGCGUCCUGCGCUUCUGCCACUAGGGGUCAGCUGAGAGGCAGCGCUCGUGUCCCGCGAGAACAGGCGGGCCGUUGCCAGGGUAACGCGGAGGACGCGCAUGUCCGCCGCCAGACCUGAGCCUCCAGCCGAGCCGACGGUCCGAUGUCGCGGAGCAGCACGUGGAGACGAAGCCCGAGCGACGCCGCCAGCUGGCACCAGGACGAGGCGCUGCGUGCCACCAUCUUCCUGCUGCGGGAGCUCGGGCCCACACGCUUCGUGCUGCGGGAGGAGGGAGAGAGCCGGAGCGUGACGGUGAGCCUAGGGGACCCCCACACCUGCAGCUGCCCCGUCUUCCAGCGAGAGAAGGACCUCUGCAAACACGUCUGCUGGGUUCUGCUCAAGAAGUUCCAGCUUCCCCGAGAGAACGACUAUGCCUUCCAGCUGGGCCUCGUGGAGCGGGAGAUCAGCCAGUUGCUGCUGGGGGCUCACCGAGCGAGGACCCCAAGGGUGACACCCAAGUGUUCUGAACAAAAGGCCGGAGGGGACGGCCUACUGCAGAAGAAGAUCGACCCCGAGGACGUGUGCCCCGUGUGCCAGGAGGUCCUCCUACAGAAGCGGCUGCCCGUCUCGUACUGCAGGUACGGCUGUGGGAACAGCGUCCACAUCACGUGCAUGAAGGUGUGGGCCGAGCAUCAGGCCACAGCGGACCGAGAUGCCAUGGUGAAGUGCCCGCUGUGCCGUGAAGACUUUGCCCCCUUGAAGCUUCUGCUGGAGGAAGUUCGGAAUUCAAGCAAACUGAUGAGCCGAGCAGAGAAGGAGCGACAGGACCGCCACCUGGGAAUCGUGUGCCAAGGCUGCCAGGUGUGCCCUGUGGUUGGCAAGUGCUUCAGGUGUACAGCCUGCAGCGGGUACUAUCUGUGUGAGCCCUGCUUCCAGAAGCGCUGCCACCCUCUGCACAGCUUUACCUAUCGGCUGAAGAGAAACCAGCAAUGGACACUUGUGGACGCUGACCCGGAGUGCCAAGGUCUGACCACCAGCCCACCUGAGAGUGCAGUGACGCCAGAGCAGGUGGUGCAGGCCUUGCCCCAGAUGAAGGUGGCAGCGAGCAGCAAACUCCUGGAGCCCGGGUGGCAGUGCCGAUUGUGUCUGAACGCCUUCUGUGUGGGCCAGCGUGUCCGGCGGCUGCCGUGCAACCACAAGUUUCACACAAGUUGCAUCGACCAGUGGCUGACCAGCACAUCCAGCUCGUGCCCCUUGGACGGGCAGGAGGUCUGCACACCCCCAACGUGGGCACAGCCAAACAAUGGAGAGGAGAGCCGGGCGCAGCAGGACUUAUUUGUGCCAGGCCGAGGACUACUGCUGGGCAGCCCAGCAGGUGGUCAGCGGGCCUCAAAACGGCUUGUAAAGCCCAGGGAGAUGGCAGGGCAGCACCAUGCAGGACAGGAGGGACUGUGCCAGGGGCUCCGAGGCGUGGCGCUGUGUGUCGAAGUGCUGCCCCCGGGCAGGAGGCACAGCAGGGAGUGCAGGCAGUGAGGUGACCAGUGACAGGCGGGCAUCUCCGCUAAGUCCCCUCCGAAGCCAGUCAGCCCACCCCGUUGACCCCGGACAGAUGCAAUGGCAGGCAGUAGCCACUAGGGGUGCCU